AUGUUCUCACGUUUUGUUGCAGUCAAGGCACCCCGCACAAACAACCGUCGCCGCGUGACCGGAUCCAGCGGAAGGAGGAGGGAAGGAAGAGAGAGUGAGCCGCAGAGGCCCAAUAUCUCCCGGCAUGUGUUUACUUUUGCGGUGCCGCUACUCCUACUUGUGAUGUGCUGCACUGGUGAAGCUGUAGCCGCUGAUGGAAGUAAAACAAGGAGUAUCAUUGAUCCGUUCACAGGGACGACGUCGAUAUCAUUUGCUAAUUGGAAGGACUUUGAGAUCAAUACCGAAAGUGCUUCGCUCCGCGUUCCCAGCCUUGUUGAAGUGCAGGGUCAUUUAUUUGCUAUUGCUGAAGCCCAUUGCAGGGAUGGAGGCGACUGCAGCGAAGUCGGCUUUACUGGGAUUGCGUCAAAGUACCUUGGUUUAAAUGUUGAUUCUGGUCCGACGGAGAUCUUGACGGCAGAUGCGAGUACCUUUGGCGCAGACCUUCUAAAGGAAGGUUCUGAUGGUAUCAACAUCAGAAACGGCAUAAUGCGACCAACGACACUUGUACUUGGGGACAGUGUUUAUAUGCUCCUGGGAAACUACAGCCAUAAGAAGCCGCAGGUUGAAGGUACGAAUGAGCGGGGUCUUUUACUCGUGAAGGGAACUGUCGCUGAUGAGGGUGAAAAGAAGAAAAUCAGAUGGAAUGAGACCCAUUUGGUGAACCCUCAAGGAAAAUCUCGUUUCUUGACCGAGUUAAUUGGCGGUGGAGGAUCGGGUGUUGUGAUGCGUGACGGCACGCUUGUGUUUCCCAUGCAGGCCAAAGGCAAGGACGGAACGAGCUUUUUACUGUCUAUGAGUUUUACCCCGUCAAAGAACAAAUGGGAUCUUUCAUACGAGACGCCUGGUAACGGCUGCAGGGAUCCAACCCUUGUGAAGUGGGAAAAAUACGAAUACGGCGCAGAACUCUUCAUGAUGGCUCAUUGUGCUGGAGGCUACUAUGACGUUUACAUGUCCACUCCGCAUGGAGUCAAUUGGAAUGGACACUUCCAACCAAUUACCCGCGUGUGGGGCAACUCACACAAUCGAAAGGGGCACGGUGUCCAGAGUGGAUCCACCACCGCAAUCAUUGAGGGAAGGGAGGUGAUGCUCAUCACCGCGCCGGUGUAUCCGAAGGAGGAAAAUAUAGUUGGAAAAGGUCGGCUCCAUCUUUGGGUGACGGACAAGGCACGUGUGUAUGAUGUUGGGCCGGUAUCCCGUGAAGAAGAUGACGCCGCCGCCAGCUCGCUGUUGAUGAAGAAGAAUAAUGAGUUGAUUUCACUGUACGAGAACAAGAAGGGUGAUGACGGAUCAUACAGUCUUGUCGCCGUGCGUCUGACCGAGAAACUGGAGCGGAUAAAGGAAGUUGUGAAGAAAUGGAAGGAUUUGGACAGCGCCUUUGAAUCAUGCCGUUCCGGUUCCAGCGCCACUGUUGAUCCGAUAGAAAAGGGUAUGUGUAAAGGUACUGUUCCCACUGAUGGGCUUGUUGGCUUCUUGUCUGGUAACUUCUCUGAGAACACUUGGAAGGACGAGUUCCUCGGCGUGAAUGCAACCGUGACGAAUGGGGAGCCAAGGGUUCGCAAUGGAUGGACGUUCAAAGGACCCGGGGCAGGGGCGGAGUGGCCUGUUGGCGACAUGGGGCAGACUGUGCCGUACUACUUUGCGAACACCGAGUUUACUCUUGUGGCGACGGUGUCCAUCCACGAGGUGCCGAAGGAAGACAGCAUCCCUUUGAUUGGCGUGAGGAUGAAUGACACCGACAGCACGGUACUUUUUGGUCUGUCGUACACCAAUGACAAGAAGUGGUUGGCCAUACCGGAGGAUCCUGCUGGUAAUGUGGAGGAUUUUGUUAAGUGGGAACCAAACAGGACGUAUCAGGUGGUACUGCGAAUGGAUGAUGAUGAUGAAUGGACUGUCUUUGUGGAUGGAGAGGAAAUUUGCCACACGAAAUAUAAUGAGAGUCUGUUUGACUCGCACAGGAUUUCACACUUCUACAUCGGUGGGGACAGUAAGAACCAAAGUGCAACGGGCGGCCAUGUGACGGUGACGAACGUCAUGCUGUACAACGAGAAACUGUGGAGAAAUGAUCUGCACAAACUCCACGCCAGCAAAGUCACUAUUCCAUCACUGGGUGUCGAGAAACAAUCCACAGAACAGUCUAAAGGGCAGGUGGCCAGCACAGACGACUCGGUUGCUCCCGAGUCAAGGAGUGAAGGGAGCGUCACCAGCCAUGAGAAUUUGACUGGGGAUGAUCUUGAAAAACAAGAGGAAGAAAGCGUCCAUAUUCUGGUGCCUGCAGCGUCCUCUUCCACGGUUGCCGCGGGAUCAUUUGUUUCCGAACUUGCCACCGCAACGGAGAGCGCAGGGAAUUCUCGUUCAGAGGACAAUGCCCAGCUUUCCGAAGGCGAAACGUCUCAGCAAGCCACGCCGCAUGAAGGCAGUGAAUCGAUGCAGCGGGAUUCAGAUGUGCAGACACAAGACCUACAGUCAGAGGAGUCAACGGAGUUCAAUGAUGUCGAAGGAUCCUCUGAAAGUUAUGAUACACCACAGCCAGAGGAGGAUGGAGAAGCAAAUGACAGGAGUGGCAAAUCAACGUCUUCAGUGGCUUCGUCACUGUUUAUGGAAACGGCCACCGAAACAGUUGACAGUGAGCACCAAGUGCAAAAAAGCACUGAGCCUUCCGCUGAAAACAACGACGUGCGGUCCACUGGAACCGGAACCACUGGCGCGGAGCAAAGCCUCGGCCUCGAGGCGGGGGACAGAAAUUCCGAGAGAGCAAUGGGCUCAGACAGCAGCCUCACUCCUUCAAAGAGUAACGCCGAACCGACAUCCGCGGAGAACACCGAAGACGUCUCUCGGACUGGGGGAGCCGAAUUUCCCGUUGAAAACGGCGAAGAGGUGCCACAGACAGUCGACACCGCACCGGAGAAUACAAACACCACGCCUGGAGGCGAAGGGAUCCCCUCAACAAAAGGCGCGGCACGACACUCGGACAACGACACCUUCACCGGGGAAAUUGCGGAGUUGCUGUCCAUGGGUCUGAGCCGUGACAGCACUGUGCAUGUGUGUGUAUUUCGGGUGUUGUUGCUGCUUCUUCUGCCGGGGCUGUGGGGCACUGCGGCUCUCUGUUGA